CGUGAAGGCAUCGGCGCAGGCUGCAGCGGCUGCGGCCGGCCCCGAGACACUCCGGAGAGGAGGCAGAAAGGACCGGGCGCCGCGUGCCCUGCUCUGGCCCUCUCCAUCCUCGCCUGCAUCCCGACAGGGUCUGGGCAGCAGCGGUAGCAAGGCAACAUGACUCAGGGAAAGCUCUCUGUGAACAACAAACCUCCCAACCCCGAGGGGCAAGGGGAGAAGAAGGACACUGCCGCUGCACCACCAGCUCCUCCGACCUAUGAGGAGGCUACAGCGGGAGAGGGGAUGAAGUCAGGCGCUUACCCUCCUCCCCCGUCGGUGCCGCUCCAUCCCAGCUGGGCGUAUGUGGACCCCAGUACAAGCCCCAGCUAUGGCAGUGGUGGGUACCCAGGUGACACAGAGAUGCUCACAACCUUCAGCUGGGAUGACAGAAACGUGCGCAGGGUGUUCAUCAGGAAGGUUUAUGCCAUCCUGAUGGUCCAGCUCUUGGUCACAGUUGUUAUUGUGGCUUUCUUCACCUUCUGUGAGCCGGUCAAAGGGUACAUUCAGAUGAACCCUGCCUGGUACUGGGCUUCCUAUGCUGUUUUCUUUGUGACCUAUUUGAUUCUGGCUUGCUGCUCUGGACCCAGGAGAUAUUUCCCAUGGAAUCUGAUCUUGCUGAGCAUCUUUACUCUCUCCAUGGCUUAUCUCACUGGGAUGCUCUCCAGCUAUUACAAUACCAAGUCGGUCCUUCUGUGUCUGGGGAUCACGGCCCUGGUGUGUCUUUCUGUCACCAUCUUCAGCUUCCAGACCAAGUUUGACUUCACCUCCUACCAGGGUGUCCUCUUUGUGAUGCUCAUGGUGCUCUUCUUUGGUGGCAUCAUUCUGGCUGUGAUACUGCCCUACCAAUAUGUCCCCUGGCUCCAUGCAAUCUACGCCUUGCUGGGUGCCAUUAUCUUUACUAUGUUCCUGGCCUUUGAUACCCAGAUGCUGAUGGGGAAUCGUCGGUACUCACUGAGUCCAGAGGAAUACAUCUUUGGAGCCCUCAAUAUCUAUCUGGACAUAAUCUACAUCUUCUCCUUCUUCCUCCAGUUCUUUGGCUCCAGUCAGGAGUGAGCACAGCAAGGCAGUGUCUUCUCUUUGCUGGCAAGACACACGUUUAUAAAAGAUUAAAAGGGGGGGAAAAAAGAGGAAAAGAGGGGAAAAAAAAAACAACCACCCUUUUUGGCCCACUAGCAGGCUCCAUUCCAUCAGCUGAGCAAAGCCCCUGGGUUCCUUAUGCAGCUUGUAUAUAUGCUGUUAAGCGUUUGUGACCCAGAAAGCAAAGCAGGGUUUAAGUGUUGUCUCUCCUGCUCCUUCCACUUCUGCUGAGAUCAAACCAGACCAGAGACUGGGAGGCAUUAGGCCAAGAUCUUUUCCCUAAAGGCUGCCAGAGUUGCCUGUCGGGGUCUUGCACACUGUGGGAUGCUCAAAUGCUUUGACCAGCUCUGCCAAGGGGAAAUAAUACUGAAGAAAGGAGAGGCAGGGAAUUUUGCUGGGAUCAUGGCAGGAAAACCAGCUGAACAAAGGGAAAAGGCUAGGGAAAUCCUUGCAUCGCCCUUGUUUUUCACCUGCCUUUUUUCAUGGAGCCUUGUGGCCUCUGCAGAGAUAUGCUCCAGAUAGUGCCUGCUUUUGGAAAGGCUGAGCAUGGGAUCACAUAGCCUGGAUGUCCUUCUAGCAACCAGUCCUCCAGGCACAAAGGAACCUGUUGUUCAGGACAUGCAGCCUCUUUGAGGACAUCCCUAAUGAAAGAAGAAUUCUUCUUUCAUCCUUUACAUCUGGCUGUGGGGCUGAGAUUGUGCUUUCUCUCCUCCCCGCCUGGGAUAGCAGGGCUGCUGGCAUCCCUCUGCCCCAGGGGACAUGUAUGUCAGCACUCUAAAGUGUGGCUCUUCCCCGGGAGGGUUGUGAUCCCAUGUGAGGAUUACCGAUAGGGAAUAGCAAAGAAUGGAUGAAAGACUGAGUUGCAGAGUCUGUGCAAAGUCAGGAACCUCCUCUUAUGGAAAACAGGGGGGAUGAGAUCCUUGAUCCACCAUCAAGGAUCUUUACACCUUCAUGAUAGUGUCUUGAUUGGUAGAGAUUAAUGGCCCUAAGUGGUUACUGCCCAGAGGCUGAGGCCAAGGUGAAUGCCUAUUGCUUGGAAAAGUGGGCACUUCUGCUGCCGACACCAGUGUCGCCUCUUCCUUUUGCUCUGGUUGUUUUACAGCUCUGCUUCCCUAAACAGGGAUGUCAACAAGGGCACUGGAUGCCUCUGAGUGUACAGGUAACUUUCCAUCUUCCCCUGCUUACAUUCCCCUGUUUGGGGAUCAGCUGGCUAAUUUCUAACUGUAAAGCUCCAGAUGGAGAUAAGAGAACUUUUGCUCUUAUUUAGAAAGUGAUCCUUCCUGCUGAUAGAAACCCGUAUCUUCUACCUCCCUGGGAAUGCCAGGGUAAGUGCGUCACUGAGCUGCCUCUAGCAAUCCCUGCGUGUUAGAGAGGCUAUGCCAAAAUGCUCCAUACUGCACAUUCCUCCUCUGCUGCUGCCCUGGCUUUUACCCCUCACAUGUUGUAUACUCCUGCCACACGUGUUCAAUGCCCUGAGCUGGGCAGAAGAAGAGGAAAGUUACUGUGCAAAGAGUGAAAAAGCUUUUGCUAGCUUAGCUCCCUGCCUGGCCUUUAUUUUGGACCUUGAGUGGCUGCACUGACCUUUGCAGUGACAGCAGGAACAGAACUGCUGCUUCCCAGCGCCAAAAAAAACCACCCCACUUUCUGGGAUAAAGGAGACUAUUAGGUGAUGGCAGCAUUAAGUCCGUGACCCAUUGCCUUGAACUGUUGAGCAGCCAGAAUUGGGAGAGGGGACAGCAUGGGAGACACCUCAAGUUGUUGAAAUGAAAAUGUAGAAAGGGAAUUUCCUGGCUCAAAUAUUGCUCAUGCCAGACCCAUGCAGGUGCUUCUGAAAGAUCUUAGCAGGUUGGACACACAGCCUCUGUUGCUCCAGUAAGAGACUGUGUUGCUCAAAGCAAAAGGCCUGUAGGUAUUUCUGCUUUCCAGCUUUGGAGGGAGGAGUAUGGCUGGAGUUCUGUGAAAAAUUCUCAGACUCAAAUAGCCCUAAAAAUGUCCUCUAGAAGACACUUCAGACCUGAGCUCUGCAGCCACCCCUUCUCUCUGCACUGAGGCUCUUCCCAGCUGGCUCUGGACCUGGGGAGGAGAACACUGGUCUGCAGCCCACUCUGGAUCUCUUGCUUUUUUUCCUUCUGGUGUGGAGUGAUUUGUCUUCUGCUACUGCUGCCUGAGCUGCUGCUACCUCCUGGCUUUCUGCUCCCCAGUAGAAAAUGUCUGCAUGGCACCUGCAGCCUCUCCUCCAGGCCACCCAAGUGGAGAUGGCUUGCUGUCUUCCCGUGUCCCUCAACAGAACCACGGGGUUCCCUUCUUGCAUGUUUCCUAGGUCUUGUUCUGCACUGAACCCUUUGCCCUUCCCCAUCAGGCAGGGAUGGUCCCCAUCAGGUUGUCAGGUCCCAGCCUUCUCCCACUGGAAGCAUUGGAUUGAAACAAUGAGUAAUGUGCAAAACACAAGUGGAAGUCCCCACUGGGCUGAAUAAUGCAGAUUUAGGCAAGUUCUUCCUGGGUUUCCUGACCCACUGGAUGUGGGAGGUGCAGGGCUGUUUCUCUUCCUCUGUGUAGAUGUCCUUUAUCUGAGGUCUGCAUCAUCCAGACCCUGGCUCCGUAUCCCCUUGCUCCUUUUGUCCAGCUGUUCUUAUGAUUUCAUUGUAAAUAAGAUUUUGUAUUUUCUCUGAACAUUGCUAAUAAAUUGUUGCAAAACUG